AAUUGACAAGCUAAAUUAAACUCGAUUAUCCAAGCAUAGUAGCCAUUCUAUCUGGAUAAUUGAGUUUAAACAUGAGUUCCUCAGCCCCACAAGACAACAAGGACAAAGCUCCUCAACCUACAAAUGAUGCCCAACCGGCGCCUGCUGCACAAUCUUCAAAUACUUCAGCUGCAUCUGAAUCAAAUUCUGGCAAAGGUGAAACCGGCCAAACGAACCAGCAAGUGGUCGGGGUUCCACCACAGCAAGGCAUGAUGCCUACUUGGUCCACAGGUCUUUUUGAAUGUUUUGAUGAUAUCCCAACGCUGCUUAUAACCUUUUUUGCCCCUUGUGUCACUUUUGGGCAAGUCGCAGAAAUGGUCGACAGGGGACAAAACAGUUGCGGUUUAUACGCUAUGCUUCAUGCCGGGAUACUGUACUUCACGGGCUGCGGGUGUUUGUUAUCAGCAUACUAUAGGAUCAAAAUGAGUCAAUUAUAUAACUUGCCUAAUGACCCUCUCAUUAAUAUUCUUGUUCAUUUAAUAUGUGAACCAUGCGCCUUGUGUCAAGAGUACCGUGAGCUUCAGGCUCGUGGGUUCAACAUGCAACUCGGAGUUGGGUGGCGCAAUCAGACACCGGAGAUUCAACAAACUGGUGGAAUCAUGGUGGCACCAAAGGUUCCUGGAGGAAUGUCUCGUUGAAAUACACAAAUCUGAUCAACUUGGGAUGUUGAGGAAAUAAAUAAUCAUGCUUGCUUUUUGAACAUAAUCAAUAGUUAUAUCGUAAUCAUAAUGUGAUUAUGCUACAAUGAUUACUAUUUAUUAUUUUGCCCUUUUGGUUUUUAGAAGCCAAAGAAUCUAUAGGGUUGUUAUGUUCUUCCAAGUCGUUGGUUGUUGAAACUUGUAAUACAUUAUAAAGUUUGAUGUUAAUAUACAAACGAUACUUAACA